CGGGCUGCAGGCUCAGGCCGGGGCAAAACCCGCGGGAGCGCGGCGGGACCUUUCCGAGCGCGCCCGCGAGGAGCCCGCGCCGCGGCCCCGCUGCCACCGCUCCUCGCCCGCCCGCCGCGCCUCUCCGCUCACUCCCGGGCAUCUCCCGGGGCUCAGGCAGCGGAGGCGGCCCGCGGCAGCGCAGCGGAGCGGAGGGCAGCGCCCCCUCCGCGGCAGCUGACGAUGGAGCGCGGCGGGACGGCCGCUGCUCACCAGGUAGAUACAGAUGACCAAACAGCCCUCCUUAGGAAACCCAGGAAUAAAGGAGGAAACAGUGAUCUGGCAUCAGCUGGAUUCAACAUUAUCAACUCUAUCAUAGGAUCAGGGAUUAUAGGACUGCCAUAUUCAAUGAAGGAAGCUGGUUUUCCACUAGGAGUACUGCUUUUAUUUGGGGUUGCCUAUAUCACAGAUUAUUCCAUUAUAUUACUGAUCAAAGGAGGAAACCUCUCCAGUACCAACACCUAUCAAGAGCUGGUCAGAAAAACAUAUGGUCUUGUAGGUUAUCUAGUUCUUUCAACUCUUCAAUUUUUAUAUCCAUUUAUUGCUAUGAUCAGUUACAACAUAAUAACAGGAGACACUUUAACUAAAGUUUUUCAGAGAAUUCCUGGAGUUGGACCAGAUAAUGUGCUUACUGACCGUCACUUCAUAAUUCUUCUUACCACCAUCAUCUUUACCUUGCCUAUAUCUUUAUAUCGAGACAUAGCAAAACUGGGAAAGAUAUCUCUUAUUUCUUUGAUUUUAACCAUUGUCAUCCUGUGUAUUGUGAUGGUGAGAACAGUAACAUUCAGUCCACAAGUACCCAAAUCAGAAAAUGCAUGGAUAUUUGCAAAAUCAAAUGCAGUACAAGCUGUUGGGGUGAUGUCAUUCGCAUUCAUCUGCAACCAUAACAGCUUUUUAAUAUAUGGGUCUCUGGAAGAACCCACAUUAAAGAACUGGUCUCAAGUCACACAUGUGUCUGUCUCACUUGCUGUUAUUAUCAGCGUUGUGUUUGCUGCAUGUGGAUAUAUGACUUUUACAGGAUACACAGAAGGAGAUAUAUUUGAAAACUACUGUAGAGAUGACAACCUUGCUACAUUUGGAAGGUUUUGUUAUGGAGUUACUGUAAUUCUCACCUUCCCCCUUGAAUGUUUUGUGACUAGAGAGGUGAUUGCCAAUGUGUUUUUCCAUGGGAACCUCUCAACAGUUUUCCAUGUUGUUGUGACAGUAGUUAUCAUUGCUGUGGCGACUGGUGUAUCAUUAGUAUAUGAAUGCCUUGGAAUAGUUUUAGAGCUGAAUGGAGUUCUGAGUGCUACCCCACUUGUUUUUAUCAUCCCAACAGCGUGUUAUCUAAGGCUGUCCAAAGAGCGAUGGAACCAUUCAGAUAACCUCAUAUCCUGCCUGAUUCUUGCUGUCGGUGUGCUAGUGAUGACAGUUGGGUUUGUUUUGACUAUCUUGCAUCCCCAGGAAUGUAGCCAUGGAAAAGAAAUGUUCUACUGCUUUCCUAGUAACAAUUCUUUUCAAAACAGUACGCUUCCACCAUAGGUAGCACACCAAUCUCCAGACUAGAUCAGGUACAUCUCACAGCAAGCCAUACAUGCCAGUUUAAAGGAGAGUGGGAAAAGAGCUUUUGUGUUUUGACAUGCACUAAGAAUUUAAAAAUGUGUAACUGUAUUUACAUACUUGGUUUUAUGCUGCCAUCCUUUUCUAGAUAAGACUUAAGUUUUAGCUGUUUCAACAAAAAACGGUGCUGUUCAGUAGGCGUUACUUGAAUCACUUGCAAACCGAUCAAAAAAGGCUGCAUAUUUUUUAACUUAGUCUGCAAUGCUGUUUAAAGGUUAUAAAAGAAAUGUUUGGGAAUGUAAACAUCUCCCAUGUUUUAUUGUUGUAAUUUAAGAAAUUAUAAAAAUAAUAACACCUUAAUGUGUAUUUAUUAACAUAGUAUGAGGAAGUUUUUUAAGUCCUGAAAAAAAGUAUGUAUGGAUCUCUGUGUAUUAAAUUUCUGCUGUUAAAUUGAAAGACCCCCUAUUAAUUCUCUCUUUGAUUUUGCAAUAACUGCCCCUUAGUGCUGAAAGCACCCCUUGUACUUGCUUUGGAGUAAAGGGUAAUUUUGUAUUGUGACUGAACUGUAGCUGAUACAAUUCAACUGUAACUGUUACAAUUAGUGAUCCUCUAUUUAAAAGUUACUGCAUCAAUCAAUCAAUGCAGGUGAAUUUAAAAAGAUUCAAGUAAACAGUCUUUGUAAAAAUUUCAAGAUUGACAGAGAAGAAAAUUACGUGUGUAACAAACACAGCUUUUGAUUCUUAAAUGUAUAACCCUAUCUAUUAUUUCUGAAACUGAAUUGAAACAUUGUUAUAUGUCAGGCAUGUGCAGGUUGAACAAAUUGUGUAAGAAAACAUUCUAAACUUAGUUAUCUUUCUAGUCCUCUGCUUCUUUUCGAUAUAUGGCUAUUGAUUUUGUCAUGGUUUGUUAAAUUUUGGUAAUUUCUGUUCUUAAAAAUUAAUUUAACAUUAAGGAUUCAUGUAUAUGUAUGUAUGUGUCUAUAUAAGUACAUACAUCCAUAUGUAUAUAUAAAAAUACACACACACAUGUAUACCUAUAGAAUAUGAGUAAUAAUUUGAAGUUGAGAGUGAGUUAUAUAAGUAUCUUCUGUAUUAGUUCUGGAAUUUUGAAAAAAAUUUAUUAUCGGA